AUGAUUCCAUUUCGGUCCAUUCCCGAGACCUGUUUUUUAGCUAACAAUAAAUCUGCCAGGGAUCAUCCUGACUUUGUCUCAGAAGCAAUUGUUAAAUUACUGAAAGGUCAAUACAUUGAGGAGCAAUCCGAACCACCCUAUUGCGUUAAUCCUUUAUCUGUUGCUAAAGGAAAGAAAUUACGUUUAGUUCUUGAUCUCCGCAACAUUAACGGGCAUUUGCUCAAACAAUCAUUUCGAUAUGAGGAUCUUCGAUCAUUAUCUCAAUUAUUUGAACAGAACUUUUGGUUUUUCACAUGGGAUCUUAAAUCCGGUUAUCAUCAUGUUGAUAUUUAUGUCGCACCCAGAAAAUUUCUAGGAUUUUCGUGGAAUUUUAACGGGAAGUUGAGAUAUUUUAUUUUCUGUGUUUUACCUUUUGGCCUAAGUUCAGCUUGUUAUUGUUUUACCAAAUUACUUAGGCCGUUAGUGAAACGAUGGCGUAUGAUGUCCUACGCCUCUUUUGUCUAUUUAGACGACGGUAUUUCCGGUCAUAAACGUCGUAUUGAUGCUUCUGCGGCCAGUAUUAUUCAAAAGAAAGAUUUAUCGUGUUCCGGUCUUAAAACGAAUGAGGAAAAAUGUCAUUGGGAGCCCAUGCAAAUCGGAGAAUGGCUUGGUAUGAUUAUUAACGCCAUCAAUUUUGAAUUCGAAAUUCCGCCUCGGAAAAUCGAGAAAGUUAAGAAAAACAUUCAGUACAUUUUGUCUUCCAAUCACGUUUCAUAUCGAGAACUGGCAAAAAUCGCCGGUUUCAUCAAUUCAUUGUAUUUAGCUGUCGGUCCACCUGUGAGGCUUUUUUCGCGGCAACUCUUUUUCAUAAUUUCUCAGAGAGAUUCAUGGGCAGGGCAUUUGGAUAGCGUCCCACAUCUUUUUGAUGGAGGAAUUGAGAUUUUGGUUAGACAAUUUACGUUAUCUAAACGGGUAUAACAUUCGGCCAAAAGUGUCUUUAGAACCUUUAACAAUCCACACUGACGCUAGUGGCGUUGGUUAUGGUGGUUAUUUUACCUCGUUGAGGGAUGUAAAUAUACACGGACAUUGGUCCGUUGAGCAAAGUGGUAAGAGUUCCACGUUCCGGGAGUUAUCGGCUAUCCUACUAGUUUUGAAAACUUCUGUGCAACGUUUACAGCAUAAAAAGGUGAAAAUAUUUUCAGAUAGCCAGAGCGCCUGUCGCAUCGUUCAAGUCGGGAGUAGAAUUUUCGAACUCCAAAAUAUUGCAGUAGACAUUUUCAACAUUUGUUUCAUUAACGACAUUAUGAUUGAAACACAAUGGAUUCCUCGAGCAGAAAACAGGACUGCCGAUGUGUUAAGCAAAACCAUUGAUUUAGAUGAUUGGAAGUUACACCCAGAAUUAUUUGUUAUGCUUCAUAGAGCAUGGGGUCCUUUUACUAUUGAUAGGUUCGCCGCUAAUUACAAUACACAAUUACAAAGAUUCAAUUCACGAUUUUGGUGUCCUGAAACAGAGGCUGUUGACGCAUUUACUAAAAAUUGGUCAAACGAAGCGAACUGGGUCUGUUCGCCAGUGGCUUUAAUCAUUCCCGUCAUUAGACACAUGUCCGUGUGUAAGGCCAAAGGUACCUUUAUAGUUCCUCGUUGGCCGUCCGCUAUUUUUUGGCCAGCCAUUAAAACCAAACCUGGAAAGUUUGCUCCAUUUGUUAAGGACAGUUUAGUUUUACUAAAAAAAAAAAAAAAAAUAGCACAGAUGUGCAUUCCUGGUGAAGGGCAAUUGAUAGCCUAUCAAAAGAAACCGUCCGUUUUUACGGGAACACCAAGUUUUGACUUACUGGCUUUACGGGUAGAGUUUUAAAGCAUGAUGAUUAGGCUUGGUCUUUAGCACCGUGUCUUUUUGACAAAUUGUGGCGUUUCAAAGCAUUUUAUUUAUUUUUUAUCCUCAUGUCUUUUCGACUGAUUCGCUCCAUUUCUGGUGUGAUUGUUCUGUUUAAUAGCACUUUGCUACAGUAUUUGGUUUAUUUGCUGAUAACGCAACUAAUGUGUUGAUUUUCAAACACUUCAAGUUUGCAUUUUUUCAGGGGUUUUGGCCACCAAAUUUUGGUUACAAAGUCAUCUCAUCGGUCAUUCGACCUGUUCAUGUAAAAAUUAAAUUUUACAUUUGCCUUUUAACGGCUAGAUACAUUUUCGUAAAAAAAAAUAAAUUAAUUUUUAUUUAAUUAAUGCAGUCUUUUAGUGCUGUCAUAUCGUCGUGUGACGAAUGUAGUCUUCGAAGUUUAUAUUCUAUUAUGAUUUACUUAUUUCUAUUUAGAUGAGUUUAAAAUUGGAGUGUGGGAGGAUUUCUCCAAAAUACAGGAUCCUUCGCUUGUAUCGUUGGCUUCCUCGCUUUCUCGGGUUGUGUUAAAUGCAAAGGAUCGAAAUACGACAGUCCGCUAUGCUUACGGAUGGAACAGAUGGAAGAUCUGGUCCAUGUCUAAGAUUGGUGUUUGGUACCUUCCUGCUCAGCCUAUGUUCGUGGCGUUAUAUCUGCGUCAAUUCCUAGAUUCCGCCAAGACAACUUCACCUGUGGAUACUGCUGUGUAUAGCAUUCGUUGGGGGCAUAUUUUGGCCGCUUACCCUACCCGACAGAGCAACCGUUGGUUCAAUCUACCUACGAAGGCUGCCGACGAAUUCUCUCUCGACCAAGAGAACCUAAAGAUCCUGUCCCACCUUACAUGUUAG